CGUGGCCUUAAAAACGUUACAAAAAACCCACAACCGCUUCUAAGUUUUGGUAGACGACGAAGUUGACAAGACUACUGAAUUGUUCAGAUAAGCUCCUCCUCUCUCUCUCUCUCCGCCGCUGCUUCUUCACAUCACAUCUAAGGAACAUAGUGAUUUAUUGAGCUUAUAUGGCUUCGAUUGUGGUUAAUUUGCCUUGUAAUGUUGGAGCAAUCAAGGGUUUGGAUUGUGCAAACUAUGUGGGUUUAAAACCAUCUGUGAAUCAUAAUUUUGUAUGUGUUCGUCCCCAAAGCAAAGCAUGUAAUCGUCGUCGAUUGUUGAUUGUGAGAGCGAGCGAAACGUGUGAUGGACCGAUGAGGAAGAUGGGUUUGAGUGAUGAGGAAUGUGAGGCUGCUGUGGUAGCUGGGAAUGUGCCCCAAGCUCCUCCUGUUCCCCCAAAACGUGCUCCACCAGCUGGAACCCCUGUUGUCCCUGCGCUUCCACUUAAUAGGCGCCCUCGUCGUAAUAGGAAAUCACCAGCAGUGAGAGCAGCAUUUCAAGAAACAAUCUUAACACCUGCGAAUUUCGUAUAUCCACUUUUCAUCCAUGAAGGUGAAGAGGACACACCUAUUGGGGCUAUGCCUGGAUGCUAUAGGCUUGGUUGGAGACAUGGACUUGUGGAAGAGGUGUCAAAGGCCCGGGAUGUUGGUGUUAACAGUGUUGUGCUCUUCCCAAAAGUUCCUGAUGCUUUAAAGUCUCCCACAGGUGUUGAAGCAUAUAAUGAUAAUGGAUUAGUGCCUCGAGCGAUACGGUUGCUCAAAGACAAGUAUCCUGAUCUUGUUAUCUACACUGACGUUGCUUUAGAUCCAUAUUCCUCUGAUGGCCAUGAUGGCAUUGUUAGAGAAGAUGGAGUCAUAAUGAAUGAUGAAACUGUGCAUCAGUUGUGUAAGCAGGCCGUCUCACAGGCCCGAGCAGGAGCAGACAUUGUCAGUCCCAGUGACAUGAUGGAUGCUGAAACUGUAGGAGCAAUUCGAGCAGCUCUUGAUGCUGAAGGUUUUCAUCAUGUGUCUAUCAUGUCAUACACAGCAAAGUAUGCAAGUUCGUUUUAUGGUCCCUUCCGUGAAGCACUAGAGUCAAAUCCACGAUUUGGGGACAAGAAAACUUAUCAGAUGAACCCAGCCAAUUAUAGGGAGGCACUGGUUGAGGCCCGUGAAGACGAGUCUGAAGGAGCUGAUAUCCUUCUGGUAAAACCAGGUCUUCCUUACUUGGAUAUCAUUAGGCUUCUUCGCGAUAACUCCCCCUUGCCAAUUGCUGCAUAUCAGGUUUCGGGUGAAUACUCAAUGAUUAAGGCGGGUGGGGUUCUGAAAAUGAUUGAGGAGGAAAGGGUCAUGAUGGAGUCUCUAAUGUGCCUCCGACGCGCAGGUGCUGACAUUAUUCUCACAUAUUUUGCUCUUCAAGCUGCUAGAUGUUUAUGUGGUGAGACUUAAUAAGAGAAUUAGAUUUUGCUAGAUGUGAGAGGCUCCAUUAGAAAUUUAAUAUCUUAGGCUUUAUGUAUAUUUGACCUUAGAAUCAGACUAUUGUUGGGAAUAAGAUUCUUGAAAUAUUGGUUUAUUGUUAUCUUGUUGUACCAGUGCUACAUAUAUAUAUAUUGUGAUGUUCUCACAUCACAGCUGUGAUGUCACUACUUAGUGGCAUUGUUAUUGUUAUUUGGAGACAA